ACAUCAAGAUACAGGUGGGCGUUCACCCAGCAGUUAUGGACGAGUUCAGAAUUCGGGGGCUGGUGGCUGCCACGUUUACCGCAUUUGAUGCCAGAGGAGAGAUCGUCCUGGACAUAAUCCCGAAAUACGUACAGUUCCUCACUGACUCUGGAGUCAAGAACGUCUUUGUGAACGGAACGACAGGCGAAGGCCCGUCCUUGACUUUGGACGAGAGGAAGCGACUAGCCGAGAAGUGGGUCAAGGUCGGAAAAGACAAACUAUCACGAGUUAUUAUUCACAUUGGUUGUGCUAACCUGAAGGACACGCAGACUUUGAUGAAACACGCCACGGAAAUAGGAGCCGACGCAGUCGCAACCGUUCCUCCUUUUUUCUUCCGCACCACAUCAAUAGAUAGCCUGGUGGAGUAUGUACGUCGAAUAGGAGAAGUGUCGCCAGACAUGCCUCUGUACUAUUACCACAUUCCUCCUGUGAUGAGUAUGAGUGAGUUUCUCACGAGGGCGAGGACGUCCAUUCCCAGUCUGAAAGGCAUCAAGUUCUCGUCUACCGAUCUCUAUGAGGCGGGCCUCUGCGUCGAGACGUGUGAUGCGCAGGACCGGAAGUACAAUAUGUUGUUUGGGUGUGAUGAGCAACUGAUUGCGGGUCUGGCUGUUGGUUUUGACGGUGCUGUCGGCAGUACUUACAACUUCUUGGGUCCGCUUUAUCUGCGCAUGCUCGACGCCUGGUCCAGUGGUGACACAAUGGCAGCUAGUAGAGAACAAUCGCGCAGCAGACAGGUGAUCAACACGUUAUUCAAGUACGCGCAAGCUACAGGAAAUCUUGUUUCUGUGAUGAAGUGCGUCAUGAACCUGACAGGAUUGGACUGCGGAUCACCUCGUUGUCCAAUCACAGCUGUCGACACAGAACAGAAACAACAACUUAAAGAGGAACUGGAAACCAUUGGCUUUUUUCAGUGGAACAAAAAGUGAAAUAUUUCACAUUGUGGAUAGAUUGUUAUUAAAGGCAUAUUGUUACAGACCACUGACCUAUUUAAUGGUCUAACAAAGUAUUACCUGAACAAAAAUAAUUUGAUUUGUACCUAAAUGUACUUUAUUCAACCAUCUUCAUAACUACCAUA